AACACCUUUCACACUCUACUGCAACGCAACCUUCGCAAUGAGCGAUUCCCAAACCCCGACUCCAGCGCCUUUCGCUGUGUCGCGCUCACGCGGCAAACAACCGGACGAGUCCCUUUACACCAAGAAGCUGAGAGAAAAGAGAAAAGCCAAGGGGCAAGCGCAGUCUUCUGAUGAGUCUGGAUCUGAAGACGAGCUUGAGCCAGGUGCUGUGGUGUUGCACAAGAUGUUCAAUCGAAGAGUGGUCCUACAUCCCGACAAUACUGUCGUCAAAUCUGGAAAACGCAUCGCAAUCGGAGAAGCGGAGGCGCUCAAAGUCGCCGCUCUUGCUGGAGUCCCAGCACCAUGUGUUCACGACGCGCACGCGGCUCCUAAUGGUCAAGUCCACAUACGCAUGAGCUACAUCCAAGGACAAAGCCUUGACACGCUGUGGCCCGAAAUGUCGACCGAACAGAAGAAGGAUAUUGCCCGCCAGCUUCGGGUGAUGAUCGAAAAGAUGAGAUCUGUGGCUCCUCCCCCUCAUCUCAUCAGCGCUUGUGACGGCAGCGAAAUCCGAGACACGAGAGUACACUUCACGUACCAUUCCUCUGCUUGCCAGGACGAAAGCGCCUUCAAUGAGUUUUUGCUAUCGGCCCUCUAUGAACAAACACCUCCACUCGUGCGGGAAGCGUUUUCUCGACGGUUGCGAACUGAUCAUCGCAUUGUCCUCUCCCACUGCGAUCUUACACCCAGGAACAUCUUGGUUGAGGACGGCAAGAUCAAGGGACUCGUGGACUGGGAGGAUAGCGGAUGGUAUCCAGAAUACUGGGAGUAUGUUAAAUUCUUUCAGCGCCCUGCCGACAAGGAAUGGAAGGAGUACGCAGAGGAUAUUUUCCCCGAGUUGUAUCAUGACGAGCUUGUCGACUUCAUUGCCAUGUCCAAAUGGCAGAACUCUUAGCUAGCCGAUAGGGUAUAAGAUGGUCCCUUACGGAUCCUGAUCCAUAGAACAUCCACCUAUCGUUGCG